AUGCCGUUCUACCAGGUACAUCAUACAUGGUCUCUCACCAUGGAUCAGCGUCAGUCGAUCGCUGCUGCCAUAACCAAGUUACACUGCAGUGCCUUUAAAACACCCGCUUUCUUUGUACACGUGAACUUCAUCAAGCAGGAUGCAGAAGCUCCUGCUGGGACAUACUUCAUGGCCGGAAAGCCGCGCUCGAGCAACUCGAACAAAAUUAUGGGCGUUGUUCGGACAUCUCCAAAUCGCACCAAAGCAGACUGGGACAAGCUUGCAGCAGACAUAGAGACCGCUUGGGACAGAAUUGUUGGGAAUGAGACGAGCGGAGCUGAGAAUGAACACCUAGAUAAGGCAAAGAGCUUGGCCAUGAUUGCUUUCACGCCAUUAAUAGCUGCUCGAGAAGCGGGCAUGGCCAUUCCCGACGCUGGUCAUGAGGGUCCUUGGCUCAAAGAGCAAUUGCCUUACUUUAAAGAUGUGAGCGGGAAGUAUGACUUGCAAGGUUUCGGGGAUUUGUUGGAUGAACUAAAACACGCAGAGGCUUCCAAAAGUUUGUCAACUUAG